UUUUAACUAAAAAGUUUAUUAUACAUACGGUUAGCUGGGGUGAAGUAACUGCAGAGAGAGUGGCGGAUAUAUCAAAGUGGUGUGCUUUCAUCCUCGAUCUUUUCAUAUUUCUCGCUCUAAAUUUCACUUCCAUUUCUUCUAGAGAUCUCCACUUGUAUCUUCGUCGAUGGAGUCAGCCGCCGUUCUUCGUUCAUUCCACCAUCCUCUAGGUACAUCUAAUCUGAAGUCAGUAUUGGAAAUGCCCGGUGUGGUCCCCAUGAAUAGUUCCGCAUUGUCCAAGUUUGAAUUUCCUGGGAAGCUCAUUUUCAUGCAUAGUAGGCACAAUAGAUUUGUCGUUUCAUAUGCAAAGCCAUCUAAAACAAAUGCAUCAGAAAAUUUGAAUGGGGCUGCCAUUUUGGACGAGAGUCAACUAGAAUCGCUAAACGGAAAGCAUCCACAGCUACAAGCUACAUUUCCUGAUGGUAUUGAGGCACUAAUAACAGAAGUAUGUGAUAGCAAAGAAAUUGCAGAGUUGAGACUUAAGGCUGGGGGAUUUGAAAUGCACCUGAAGAGGAAGGUUGAGGGUGCUACAGUUCUUACUCCAGUUUUCACUCCCUCACCACCAACUACUCAAAGUGAACCCGUGACUGACUCAUUGGUUACUGCUUCUUCAGUGCCAAAUCCCUCUGGAAAGAGUAGCCCAUUUGUAAAUAUCUCUGCAGAGAAGUCUGCAAAGUUAGCAGAAGUAGAUGCUUUUGAAACUAGUGGCCAUGUCCUAAUAUCAUCAAACACUGUUGGUGUAUUUCGAAGGUCUAAAAAUGAAAAGGACACACCUGCUUGCAAGGAGGGUGAUGUUAUAAGAAAAGGGCAACGUAUUGGCUUUGUUGAUCAGUUUGACUGUAUACAUCCUGUCAUUGCAAAUGUUGGUGGAAAGGUCGCAAAGUUCCUCUAUGAUGAUGGAGAAGCUAUUGGCUAUGGAGAUGCACUUGUUGCUGUUCUUCCAUAAUUUUCUUUUCCGGAAAUACUUGUUCUUGUGGUUCUCAUAUAUGGCGGUAUAGAAGCCACUAUUUGAAAUUUCAGUGCACACAAUUUUAAUUUGGUACUCGAGCGGCAUAUAGAGAUCGACAAUGCUGUUUUAUUUGUGAUCGUGUAUGAGUUUAGUUUACCCAACAUAAGUAAAUUAUCUAGAAAUUGAAUUGGCAGUGACUCAUUGUUAUAGAUAUGGUAAUAUUAUGAUCUAUUUUAGUCUAUAUGAUGGUAUCCAUGUUCUCUAUUAGAGCAUCUCCAAUGCUAAAACGUGAACGGUGCAUACGUG